AUGCUUCGCUCUAUUGCUUUAGCUUUCACCUUUGCCGCUGUCGGCCUAGCUGCUGACCCUGGGUUCCCCAUCUUCUGCAACCAAGAGCACGAUCAGUACUGCAUCCAGCGCCUGGACGACUCUUGCUACAACUGUAUUCAGUCUAUCGAGACUACCUGCCCUGGCGAUGAGAAUAGCGACGAGUUCAAAAGCUGCUUCUGCAAUCCGGCCAAGCUUGACAUUUUUGCCAAGUGUAUCCCGGAUCCAGUUGCGCAGUGUUCCUAUGGCCCCAACACGUUCCUGCUCGGCCCCUGGAACCUUGAAUGCAGCGACUACAACAAGAAGCAGUGCGCUUCCUACGACGCUGAUACCGGCAAGAUAAGCAUGCUUCCGUGUGGAGAUGCACCCGUCUCUGUUAACGGCUCGCCGUCCUCUGCCCCUGCAACUGUCAAGGCCCAUACUGCUUCCAUUACUGGCCAGCCUCACACUGCUUCUGUAGCCGCACCCGCCCCUACCCAUGCCAACUCUACUGCCCCUGUUAUGCCCGUUGGUGCUGGUAGUCGUCCUGUUGUCGCUGCUGCCAUGGUGGUUGCUGCUGCCGCCUUUGCUGUCUAA